CCCGUUUGUUUCUGUCAGUGAGCGGCAUCACAUCCAAAGCUACAAGUGGACGUUAUUCAGACAUAUUUUGUCAUUGUCUGUGACAUAUUGAUAUUAAAAUUAGGACACUGCUUGCGUGGCGUCUGGUUACGCUGUAGAUGAAGUUUUUUUUAACAUGAAGGGACCCCCGAGGCUAUUUUAUAAACGUUGAGCUAACCACAAUUGAAAUACUGACUGUUGUUGCUCUACUGGCGGUGGAUUAGGCUGGUUACACAUUUUUAUGCUGGAUACUUUCAAAGGCCUCAAGUCAUGCCUCGGUCCGCAGUUGGGCUGUGAAUCCGCCAAAACGUUACUUCGAGUCAGCGCCGCGGAGUCGAAGUAGCCGCUGCAGCGGGGCUUCACCUGAGUAUACCCCUCGUAUGAAAGCUCUCCUGUCACUCACGCCGUUCUUCGUUGUGUCUCUUCCUCCAAGGCUGGGUUGCAGACAUGCACACACCAUCUCGUCAGGGCUAUGUAUCUAUAACCUUGGCUGGACAAGGAGGGGGCAGUUACAACAACAGUAAGCAGUGGAGGAGGCAGUCCUGCUGGAGAAAAUGGAAGCAGCUGUCCAGGUUGCAGCGCAGCCUCAUCCUCUUCAUCCUUGUCCUCCUUUUUAUUUGUGGAAUUUCCUCAUACCCUACUGUUACUGAGCACCUCAGAGGCCUUACAGGUGGAGAGCAGGAGAAUGACAGUAACAGCGUCCUGAGGCCUGUCGUCCCUCAUGUGUUGCCUGAGCCUGUCAAACAAGUCCAACCACUGCUGCCAGAACAACCCUCCCAGAGGAAACUGUCCAAUAAGAGAGGACCACCUGCCCUCCAGAAUCGUCUGCAGAAGAAAGGAAACACUUCAGACCCGCAGGACAAGGCAGCUGACAUAAAGAAGGAAGGGGAAGAGGAGGGAGUCAUCAGCUGGCGUGGGGCGGUGAUCGACACUCACCAAGCCACAGAAGGCACCAAGGACGAGGAAAAUAAGGAGGAUUCACCUGCCAACCAAGGAGCCAAUUCCACAAAAGAUUCAGUAACCGACUGGCUGGAGGCGGUCCAAGAGGCUUUCAGACAUGCAUGGAAGGGUUAUAAAGACUUUGCCUGGGGCCAUGAUGAGCUCAGACCCAUCUCCAAGUCCUACAGCGAGUGGUUUGGUCUGGGCUUGACACUUAUUGAUGCCCUGGAUACCAUGUGGAUCCUGGGGCUUAAAGAAGAAUUUGAAGAAGCAAAGAUGUGGGUGGCCACAGAGCUCACAUUCAACAAGAAUGUAGAUGUCAACCUGUUUGAAAGCACCAUCCGCAUCCUGGGAGGCCUGCUGAGUACCUACCAUCUGACUGGAGACACCAUGUUCCUGGACAAAGCGAAAGACAUUGGCUCCAGGCUGAUGCCAGCCUUCAACACCCCGUCCAAGAUCCCCUACUCUGAUGUGAACAUUGGCAAAGGUACAGCCCACCCCCCUCGCUGGACCUCAGACAGUACUGUGGCUGAGGUCACAAGCAUCCAGCUGGAGUUCAGAGAGCUCAGCCGCCUCACCCAGGACCCACAGUAUGAGGCUGCCGUGGCUGAGGUUAUGAAACAGGUCCACAAGCUGGAUGGCAAGCUGGACGGCCUGGUGCCCAUGUUCAUCAACACCAACAGCGGGCAGUUUACCCAUCAAGGCAUCUACACACUGGGAGCCAGGGCAGACAGCUACUAUGAAUACCUGCUGAAGCAGUGGAUCCAGGGGGGCAAGAAGGAGGACCAGUUAAUGGAGGAGUAUCUGCAGGCAGUAGAGGGGGUGAAGAAGAACCUGUUGCAGAAGUCUUCACCUAAUGGUCUCACCUUUGUCGGAGAGAUCUCACACGGGCAGUUCAGCCCUAAAAUGGACCAUCUCGUGUGCUUUCUGCCGGGGACUCUGGCUCUCGGUGCUCACAACGGCCUGCCUGCUGAUCAUAUGGAUCUGGCCAAACAGCUGAUGGAGACUUGUUACCAGAUGUACGUGCACAUGGAGACAGGCCUCAGCCCAGAGAUCGUCCACUUCAACAUGCACCAGGGCAGCACCCGAGACAUCGAAGUAAAGCUUGCAGACAGACACAACCUCCUGCGACCAGAGACGGUGGAGAGUCUCUUCUACCUGUACAGGUUCACCAAGGACCACAAGUACCGGGUCUGGGGCUGGGAGAUUCUCAAGAGCUUUAACAAGUACACCAAGGUUUCCUCUGGUGGUUACACCUCCAUCAAUAACGUGCGUGACCCGGACUACCCGAGCCCCCGAGACAAGAUGGAGAGCUUCUUCCUGGGAGAGACCCUGAAAUAUUUGUACCUGCUCUUCUCCGAUGACCCCGACCUCAUCAGUCUAGACCAGUACGUCUUCAACACUGAAGCUCAUCCGCUGCCUAUAUGGCCUUCCCCUGCGUGACACAA